UUGGCUUUGCGUGCAGGAGAUUUCUUUGAAACUUUCUGGGUCUGUCAAUCUGAUUCACAGAAAACUGGUUUCUUUAGCAUUGAUCAUGGCAGGAAAACGGGAGAGUUAGAAGCGUUUGUCCUCUGUCACGGAGACGGAUCUGAGGUUUGUGACGACUUGUAUGACCAGGCUUCGAGUAGGAAUGGCCAUGUCCCAGGGCCCCGCCGGCCAGUGGAGCCCGAUGGUGAUGGUGGAGGCUGCGGGUGGAGCCUUGUUCCAGGUUUCCCAUUAUUCAGUGAAACCUGCCAACCAGGAAGAGGGUUGUGUGUCCUUUGAGGAUGUGGCUGUGUACUUCUCCUGGGAGGAAUGGAAACUGCUUGAUGACUCCCAAAGGCUGCUGUACCAGACUGUGAUGACUGAGAUCUUUACACUCAUGUCCUCGCUGGGACUUACACCUUCUGGGAUCCAUGGCGUCACUCAGCUAGAGUCUUGGGGAGAGCUCUCUGUGCCUGCACUGAGAUUCCUGACUCCAGGUUGUUGGAUCAAAGUGGAGAGUGAAAUGCCCCGCUUUGAGCAGAGUCUUUCCACAGAAGGAGAUCUUAGUUCAUCCAUGCUCCAACAGCAAAUGCUGAGCUGUGCUGAGACACCCUUGCUAAGUGCAGACAAUGCAAUGAUCAUCCAGACUUCUUCAGGUCUUCUUAGGCAUCAGGUGACUUCCAGUGGUGGGGAGGCACCCAAGAGCACUGAGAGUGGAGAGGCCAUUCACGCUGAGAAGAAAACCUGCAUAUGCAGUGACUGUGGCAAAGUCUUUACUAGUACAUCUCACCUUAAUCGGCACCGGAUGAUACACACGGGAGAAAAGCCUUUUCAGUGCAGCGAAUGUGGGAUGUCCUUCAGCCAAAAAGCCUUUCUCAUUAAGCAUUUCAGAAUUCACACUGGAGAAAAACCUUUUAGGUGCAGUGAAUGUGGCAAAGCCUUCAAGCAUAAUAUCUCCCUCGUUUCUCAUCUGCGAGUUCACACAGGAGAAACACCCUUUACGUGCAGUGAAUGUGGGAAAUCGUAUAUGACCAGAUCGAACCUUACACGUCAUUAUCAAGUUCACACCGAUGAAAAGCCUUACAAUUGCAGCGAGUGUGGAAAAGCCUUUAAGGAAAAGUCCAGCCUUGUUUAUCAUGCCCGAGUGCACACUCGAGAAAGGCCUUUUCAGUGCAGCGAAUGUGGGAAAUCUUUCAGCCAAAAAGCCUUUCUCAUUAAGCAUUUCAGAAUUCACACCGGAGAAAAGCCUUUCAGGUGUAGUGAAUGUGGCAAAGCCUUCAAGCAUAACUGCUUUCUUGUUGCUCAUCAGCGAGUGCACACAGGAGAAACACCCUUUACCUGCAGUGAAUGUGGGAAAUCCUACAUGAACAGAUCAAGCCUUUUGCAUCAUUAUCGAGUUCAUACUGGAGAAAAGCCUUAGAAGUGCAGUGGAUGAGGAAAACCGUUUAAAAAAAAAAAAAAAAUUCAGCUGUGUUUAUCAUGUCUGAGUGCACACUGGGGAAAAGGCCUUCUGAAUGUCAUGAAUCUGGGAAGUGUUCAAAACAAAACAAACAUUUCUCACCUCAUGAAAGAUCAAUAAGUUCACAACAGAGGAAAUUAUUUUGAGUGUAAUGUGUGUGGGAGAUUCUUUACUGUGAGGUGUGGCCUCAUUAAACAUCAGAGAUUUCACACUGCAGCGAAGCAUUGUGAGUGCAAGGAGUGUGGAUAAGUGUUUUGCUACAGGACCUGAUUUUCUAGAAUCUAGAAGAUUCACACUGGGUAGAAUAUAUGUAUUGGGUGCAGUGAAUGGGGAAAAUCAUUUUCAUAGGCUACUGUAUGAAUAUGAACUCAAGAGAAUGCUCACUGGACAAAAGUCAAGAGUGUUUCAGAUGUGAGGAGCCUUCACCCACACCUCCAUCCUGUUGAACUGGAGAGGCCACAGUACUGGGAUGCAUCAUGAGCCCACUGACUCUAGGAAAGCCUUUGAGCAAAUGUCUGCUUAUAAUAGUAAUAUCCUACUAUCCACACAACCCAGAUAGGUUUGUGAAUGCAGAAAAUGUAGAGAAAAGUUUCAGCCAUUGGCCAACCUUGCUCCGCAUUAGGAGUGAACCAGAUUUUGAACAGAAGUCCUGAGAGUGGCCUUUCAUUGAAAGUUACUCAUCGAAUAAGAACAUUGGGACUAGAUGAAGAUUAUUGCCAUCUUCCUAUUUCCCCCAAAUUAAUACUUUCUGGGGAACUUAGGCAGCCCUGUUUUCUUGACUGUACCAGUGAGGAGUGGAGUUUCCAUGGUACUGAGUUUGAAUGGGGGAAGAGUGGCUUCCAUUAAAUAAGACAUGAUUUUAUUUUAUUUAUUUUUUAAAUGAAUGUUGUAGUUCCUGGAAUAUAUGAUUGUUUGCUGUAUAGUCUUCAUGAUUGUUGUGCUUCUAACUGUCCCCAGUUUUGUAGGGGACCAGCUCCAUGUAGCACUUUAUUCUGUCAUAUAGGAGUCCAGUCCAUAUGUUUUAGGUGUUUGCUGUCUUUUCAUGUGUGAGUAUUUUGGCUGCACAUAUGUAUAUAUAUUAAGUGCAUAACUGGUGCCCUUGAGGCUACAAAAAGGCAUUGAAUCCCUGCAACAGGGGUUACAGAUGGUUAUGAACCCACAGUGUUUGCUGGGAAUGGAAUCCAGGUUCUCUGUCAGAGCAGUAAGUGGUCUUACACACUGAAGCUUCUCUCCAGCUCCAUGUUUUAAGUUUUUAAGAAGUUACCAAAUUCUGUUCUAAGUGGCUAUGUGUUUCAUAUUUCCUUCUAGAGCAUAUCAAAUACCAGGUUCUCACAUCCUGACAUUCUGUAAGUCAUGAAGUAUUUAUUUUAUCAAUUUUUUAAAAAAAGAUUCACUUAUAUAUUAUGUAUAUGGAGUCCUGCCUGAAAGUAUGCCCACACACUAGAAAAGGGCACCAGAUCUCAUUAUAUAGAUGGUUGUGAGUCACCAUGUGGUUGCUGGGAAUUGAACUCAGGACAUUUGGAAGAGCAGCCAGUGGUCUUAACCUCUGAGCCUUCUCAUCUCUCUAGCCUCAUUUUAGAAAUUUUAUUACUUAUGUAUACCUGGAUGCGAUGGCACAGGCCUUUAAUCCCAGCACUCAGGAGGCAGAGACAGCCAGAUCUCUGUGAGUUCAGGUUCAGCCUGGUCUACAUAGUGAGUUUUUAUUUUAAAGACUUAUUUACAUUUGUGGGUUUGUAUUAUGUGCACCACAUGUAUGUCUGGUCCCUUGGAGGGCAGAGCAGGCAUCAGAGUCACUGGAACUGGUGUUGUGGAUGCUGGGAAUGGAACCAAGUUUCUCUGAAAGAACAGUAAGUGCUAUUAGUCAAUGAGCCAUUUCUCUGGCCUUACCACCCAUGUUUUGUUUGUUUGUUUGUUUAGAUAUAGUCUUACUGUGUAGGCCUGGCUAGCCUGGAACUCUUUCUGUAGACCAGGCUAUCCUAGAACACACAAGAUCUACCAUCUUCUGUGUUCUGAGUGCUGAUGUAAAGGCAUGGGCCACUGUCAGGUUCUAAAGAAACAGGGACAAAACAGCUACCUCUGGUGCCUAUUAGCAUAUCGAAGCCUUGUAAGUACCUGUUUCAGAGUCCAUGCUGGCAUCCUGGCUCCUCUCAGCUCUUCUCACCCUGUGCCCUAUCCUAAACUCCUCUAGCUCAUGAUCUACUUCUGAUUCCUGUAUAACUCUGCCAUUCAGCCAUAUGCUCUCUUCCUUUUUGGCUCUCUUGGUCCUCUUGGACCUAUCUCUUACCCCCCUCUCUUCUCAUUUCUUCUCUUGAUCUCCUAUUCUCUUCUCUCAUGGCCCAGUCUAAUCUACUGGUCAGGUUUAGUCUACUACCUUCUGUCUCUGCACUGGACUUUUCCUCAAGCUUCUGGCUGUACUUUCCCUCAUAUCUACAAUAAUACCCUUCCCCUCAGCUGGGCAGUGGUGGCCAAUGCCUUUAAUCCCAGCACUCAGAAGGCUGAGGCAGGUGAUCUCUGUGAGUUCGAAGCCAGCCUGGUCUACAGAGUGAGUUUCAGGAUAGACUCCAAAGCUACUCAGAGAAACCCUGUCUUAAAAAACCAAAAACCAAACCAAACCAAACAAACAAACAAACAAACAAAAACUCUUCCUCUCAACCAUACUUUGGAGUGGUCAUGUUCUCACUUCAUUCAGCCACACCUGGUACCCAUGUUUUUCUGCUUAUUUUCUUUUAUUGUUUGCCUUUUUUCGUUCCUUUUUGGAUCUGUGAGUUCAAGGCAAGCCUGGUAUACAUAGUGAAUUCCAAUGCUACAUAGUACGAACCUGUCUUCCCCUCCCCACAAAAAAAAAAAAAAAAAAGAAAAGAAAAA